GUGAAUUUUAAAACAAAUCGUUCGAUAGAGUUGUGCGCAUGCGCACGCUUUGUUUCCGGAAGUGAAGCAGUGAAGUAGAAGGCGGGCGCUGGACGCGGCACCAAAUGCUCAGACACGUUUUCUUGACAGGACCGCCAGGUGUGGGUAAAACCACGUUGGUCCAGAAGGCGUGUGAUGCGCUGCUCUCCUCGGGCCAGGCGGUGGAAGGCUUUUACACGGAAGAGGUCAGGGAAGGAGGCCGCAGAGUGGGGUUUGAUGUGGUCACAGUGAGUGGAGAAAGAGACCACCUGUCCAGAAUCAGAGACAUUGCGGGUGACUCUCACAGCAGACGGGAGUACACAGUUGGCCAAUAUGUUGUGGAUUUACCUUCAUUUGAACGCCUGGCCCUCCCCCUCUUCACGAAGGUGGGCUCGGAAGACGGGACCGGCAAGAAGGUGUUUGUCCUUGACGAGAUUGGGAAAAUGGAACUCUUUAGCCAGCCGUUCAUCAAGGCGGUGAGACAGACAUUAGACUGCUCUAGCUGCACCAUCUUGGGCACCAUCCCCAUCCCCAAGGGGAAACUGCUUGGUCUGGUGGAAGAUGUGCGGACGAGGAGCGAUGUCAGGGUCUUCACUGUGUCUAAGGAAAACAGAAAUGCCAUUCUGCAAGAUAUUCUAUCAGCACUUCAGGAGUGUUUAAAAUAACACUGCUAACACAAGGAUAACAACUCUAGAAAGGGGUCGCGGGUGUGCUGGAGCCUAUCCCAGCUGACUCCGGGCAAGAAGCGGGGUACACCCUGGAGUGGUCGCCAGCCAAUCGCAGGGGAUUUCUCCAGAUUCUCAGAAUUUUUUGGUUGUAUUAUGGACUUUAGAUGAUCUUUCGUCUUGUCCUGUUAGGGGUCGCCAUAACGCGUCACCCUUUUUGAUGUAAGCCUAUCUCCUCUCUCUAACACCAACUGCCCUCAUGUCUUCGCUCCAUACAUCUAUCAACCUUCUCUUUGGUCUUCCUCUAGCUUUCUUGCCUGGCAGCACCAUCCUCAUCACUCUUCUAACAGUAUACCAACCAUCUCUCUUCUGGACGUGUCCAAACCAUCAAAGUCUGCUCUCGCUAACUUAGUCUCCAAAACAUCCAACCUCGGCCGUCCCUCUGAUGAGCUCAUUUCUGAUUUUAUCCAACGUGGUCACUUGGAGAGAGAACCACAACAUCUUCACAUCACCUCCAGCUCUGAUCCAUGUUGUCUCUUCGGAUGAGCUAACCUCUCGUAGGGGAAUAGCAAUAUUUUCUGCAUGUUUUUCCCCCCCGGCUACUCUGAAUUUGUUUAGCAUUCCAAAAAUAUGCAUGUUCUGUCAAAGUGUAACCAAACAGGAGAAAAAAAAGGAAAACAUACAAGUGUUGUUAACAAUCCUGACAAUGAAUGAAUGAAUUAAAAACAUUAUGUAUGUGAAAUCAG